GACUUUCUUUCUUACAUUUUGUCUUGCCUUAUUGUUGUUGCUUCCCAGGAAUCGUUGAGAGUAUUGCAACAACUAACUAGCAAGGGAUGCUUUUUUUUCAAGAAUCAAGCACAAACUGGAAUCAUAGUUAUCAUUUCCAUCUGAGAUAUAUGAUCGACAGUCUCGACUAAAAAGUAACAAGGCGGUUCUCAUCGUAGCUAGUAGCGUAUUGUAGCCUGAGUAGGGUAUUAAUAACUUUAUUUUAUUGGGACAUUUCUGGUGAUUGGCAAUGAGACAACUCCAUAAUAGCGAAUUGAACAUAAUAUACUAAGAAUAUACCUCGAUAACAUCACCAUAAUCGUCAAUGUUUCAUCGGAAGGUUGCGUGGUAGCUAGCAUGAUAGCUAUGUUGCAGGUAACUAGAUUGCUAGCCUGGGUGUGAAUUAUGACUGACUGACGCUUAGUUAUAAGGCCUACAGCUUAAUAGAACAUUGCUUAUUGUAAAGACGAUUUUGACAAUCCUUCAAGUGCCAUUGCUAAUUAUAUUAAUACAAACCGUUUACGUGCUAGCUAAAUUGUAUUGAAACUAAUUUGCUAACUUUAGUGGAACGAGUUUGUAGCCGGAUAGUUACAUCUAUUUCUACGACAUGGUCGUAGUGCAGCACAGCCCAUUAAGACAUGAAAUUGGUCACCUCUAGAAAUGGACUGUUCUGUGUAAACUGACAGCUGCUUUAUUGCAUUGUGUUAAAUGCAGUUUUGCACCAUUCUACAGUUGGGGAGUUUUUGGUGCCACGUUUGACCAGGAUUGAGAUAACUAACUAGCCACUAUCAAUUGUCCUGCCAGAGAUAAAAUGUCAGAAAACCAGGGCAACGCGAAUAACAACGUCCCGCAAAAUAACAAUGGCGGGGCGAACAGGAUACGAAACCCUAAUAUCAACCAAAACCCACUCAUCAAUGUUCGAGACAGACUUUUCCAUGCCCUAUUCUUCAAGAUGGCAGUUACCUAUGCCAGAUUGUUUCCACCGUCUUUCAGAAGAAUCUUCGAGUUCUUUAUCCUACUAAAGGCACUCUUUAUUCUCUUCAUCUUGGCCUAUAUCCACAUCGCUUUCUCACGCUCGCCUAUCAACUGCCUGGAGCACGUUCGGGAGAAGUGGCCGCGUGACGGCAUCCUGCGAGUGGAGAUCCAGCGCAACUCGUCACGUGCGCCCAUCUUCCUGCAGUUCUACGACUCAGACGGUCUCCAGGGCCUGGUCAAGGAGCCUGAGGGGGAGGGAGGAGGGCUGGGCCUGGCCGCGCUCCACCACGAGGAGGAGGAGGACGAGGAGGAGAUGACCCUGGAGAUGUUUGACAACAGUUCUGUAAGGUUUGAGCUUGACAUCGAGCCACGGCUGAAGCCCUCACUGAGUGGUGGGGGACGGGGCCUCAACGACAGCCAGGACCUCUCCUUCAGCCAGGCACCCACUAAAGUGUGGCCUCAGGAGGAUUACAUAGUGGAGUACUCUCUGGAGUACGGCUUCCUCCGCUUGUCCCAGACCACCCGGCAACGCCUCAACAUCCCUGUCAUGGUCGUCACGCUGGACCCCAUGAAGGAUCAGUGCUUUGGGGACAGCUUCAGUCGCCUCCUCCUGGAUGAGUUCCUGGGCUACGAUGACAUCCUGAUGUCUAGUGUCAAGGCCCUGGCAGAGAACGAGGAGGACAAAGGUACAUGGUGCUUAGGGAUGGGUGUGUGUGUGUCAGGGAUUCUCCCAUAUGUUUCUUUUCUUGGUGGUGUGCAAAGGCCUGUGUGUGUGUUUCUACCGGUGCUCUGUGUGAGAGCAGGCUUCCUCAGGAAUGUGGUGUCUGGGGAACACUACCGAUUUGUCAGCAUGUGGAUGGCUCGCACCUCCUACCUGGCUGCCUUUGUCAUCAUGGUAAUAUUCACCCUGUCCGUGUCUAUGCUGCUGCGCUACUCCCACCACCAGAUCUUUGUCUUCAUUGUGGACCUUCUGCAGAUGUUGGAGAUGAACAUGACCAUCGCUUUCCCAGCAGCACCUCUGCUUACCGUGAUCCUGGCUCUCGUGGGCAUGGAGGCCAUCAUGUCUGAGUUCUUCAACGACACCACCACCGCCUUCUACAUCAUCCUCAUCGUGUGGCUCGCCGACCAGUACGACGCCAUCUGCUGCCACACAAACACCAGCAAACGUCAUUGGCUGAGGUUCUUCUAUCUGUAUCACUUUGCGUUCUACGCCUACCACUACCGCUUCAACGGCCAGUACAGCAGCCUGGCUCUGGUCACCUCCUGGCUCUUCAUACAGCACUCAAUGAUCUACUUCUUCCACCACUACGAGCUUCCGGCCAUCCUCCAACAGAUCCGCAUCCAGGAGAUGCUGCUGCAGAACCAGCUGGCGGGCCAGGGGGGCAACCAGACGGCCCUGCAGGACAACCUCAACAACAACACCACCACCGCUGCAGCAGCCCCAGCUCGGGGAGGGGAAGCCAACGGCCAGGUCCGACCGCCAGAUGAGCCCCUGGCUUUUUCGGUGGCCCAGGCCCAAGGUUCAGCGACCCUGGCUUCCCAGUCAAACGGCCUGGCUGGGAGUGCCACGUUAGAAGGGGCCGUAGGAGAGUUGACAACAGAGCUGGACUGGAUGGCGGAGACGACAGCCAUCAUCACGGAGGCCUUGUCCUCCUCAGCCCCCCAACCUGGGGGGUCUUUGAUGGAGAGCACGGCAGGGGGAUUGCUGGGGGAGGCCAGAGGGGUGGGGAGGGUUGGUGUUCCUGGGUCAGGCCUCAGCGUGGUGGCGGAGAUUCGAAUGGGGGGGAGUGAUGGUGGAGGAGAGAGCACAAGUGGCACCGGUCCCAGCUUGAUGGCAGUGGAAAUCAAAACCAUAGUGGCCUGUAGAGGCAGUGCAGCAGGAUCAGGCCUGCCUCCUCCCUCUCCUCCAGUGGGAGGACUCCAGGAAGCAGAGACUUGCCUCUCUAGUGUCAGGCUGUCCCUUCCUCAACCACCUUCUCCACACACAGACUGCAGUAGGGCAGUGGUUGGGAAGCCAGAAUGCCCCAGGCAGAGCCCCACAGAUUGGGACUCCAAGAAAGAGGAAGCCCCCAGCCCCACUCCAUCCUGAGCCCCCACACACACACACAUGCUCCCAUACGCAGAGGAAACAUAUCUUCUCCCCCUUAAUUCUUCUUCCAACACCGCAAGAUGCCGACGUGGCUUUAUUCCUGUAAUGUCAUUCUUACGACAACCAGGAGAAGAGGGGGAUGGAAAGCUGAGGAAAAGAAAAGCCCCGCCCCGCAACUUCUCUUCAAAGGUGUGGAAUUGUUCGGAAAUGGCUACCCGGACAUGUUUUUUAAAUUUAUUUUUAUAUAUUUGUAAAAUAAUCAAUCCUAUUGCAUUGGUGAUAUACAAUUCCUUAAAGAUGAUGAUUCUGUUGGUUAGGGGGUGUCUCGACUGGAUUUGGAAACGGCGGUGUAUGUUUCCUUUUGAGAGCACAGUGGACUAUACAGGGCUGCAACACAUGACCUCUUGUCCUAUCCAUCCAUUCAUUCCAUCUGGUCCUCAAACCCAGAAAAAAGACAACCCCGUGUUUCGAGUUGCUAAUUUAUCUUUCAGAACUGUUAAACAGGCUAAUAAAGUUGCUGUGGGUUGUCAUGAUACUUGGUCAAACCCCACUUCUCACAAGCUCUCAACUUUUUCUCCAACUGGCUCCGCAAGCUAGCUCUAUCUGGAGCAUCGUGGGAAAUUGAGUUGAUAUCCACUGUUUUUGAGUGUUGAGUAGACCUCCUUGCUCGGAUGUUUUGCCAAUCCACUGCUCUUACAAUGCUUGGCAGUUGCUCCCGUACUGCUUGGGCCGCAGAAGAGCUGUCAUGACUGCAGUUUCUUUUGUCUUAACCUCUUUUUUUUUUUGAGUGAACCUGCAUCAUUACUUCCCUCUGGGAAAUUUUCUGUGUACCGUCAGGACACUAGGCCCAUUUUCUCACCCAUAACUCAUGAUCAGGUUUUGUCUUUCAAAUUGCAAUUGCUUCAACCGUGCAGAUACAUGAUCAACUGGAAGGCUUGACCAGGUACCUGUUUCAUGGUCUGUAAUGUUAAGUCACUAUACUAACCCCCCUGGGUGCAUGUUUUGUUCAAAUAAUCAAAGCUUGAUAAGGAGUUGGUUAUUUGAAUCCGCUCUGUGGGCAAAAAACAGAACAUGCCCCCGGGGGCGCCAGGAAGCAGUUUGAAACCUUGCCUUACAUCCUGUAUUCCAAAAGAGGAGCAUGUGACCUGGUAACACACAGGUCUUUGCUUCAGACUAGCACAAGACGAUAGCAGGCUAUGUUAAAUGGCUUCAGGGUAAAGCUAUUGUAACCACGCCAACCAAUCUCCAUUACAUGUGUCAUUGAUCUACCAUUCAGCUGCCAAAAUGGCAAGUUGUGAUGAAAUUGCAUGCCUUGGACGCUCCAAUUUAAUUUGGUAAAGAGCGUAUUUUUUAAAUGUUUCUUAUUUUAAAACCUGAUGAUGAAGCUGCUGAAGACUACCUUGGAAACUUUACCAGACUUGUGUGGCCACUGUUUGUUCGUUAGCUCACAAGAGACUAAACUGGACUUGCAAGCCUAGUAAGAUGCUACUGUGAGACAAACUACCGGUCAUCAGAUGGACCUGACAUGCUUCCCCUUUCUGGAACCUGCUGAACGCCGUUCUCAGAUGGACAGGGUCUAACAAAAGUCCAGAGAAUAAAAAAAUGAUAACUCCAUACUAUAACUCCAAGUAGAAACUGGCAGGGCAGAAUAAACAGGGAAUAAUGACAGAUGUGUUCCAAUGUCUACAUCCUCAUCUGUUGAAACAGAACAACUUCCUUCCCAGUGAGCUUUAUUUUGAUGCCUUAUGAUUCCAAAUGAGAUAUUAUUGGAAGUGCAUGUUGAGACUUCCUUAGCAGUUGAAUUUAAGCAGGUUUUGGCAUAUAGUGGCCUCUGAUAUGAGGAAAAUGGUUUAUAUUUCAACGGAAUCACGAUAACCAAGGGACAUUUAGCAAAAUGGGUUAGACUUUUUCAUUAGUUCUAUUAAGAUGGGAGUAGAAUCAUUUCUGUUCAGUGUGUUGGGUGGAGGUGUAGUCAUGGCUAUGCAGUGGGCAGGACCAAGGAUGUGGUUCUGGUUUGAAAGGUCCAAAUUGUGCAAUAUGACAGGAAGUCAGUUUAAAGAGAAAAGUCUUCAUUGUAGAAGAGGAUACUUUUACAGAUGCGACAAAUAUGCUUCUAUCAAUGACGUUUUAUGAUCAGGUUCUUUAUCUGUGCCUAUAUGCCGUUCUGUAAGAAAAAACUGGAUGAUUGUAGCAAUGCAACAGUUGCUGUCCAUUUGUAGCUCAUUUUAGGCAAUGUAAAUGAAUCCUUCAAUCUGUGAUGGACUAGAUUCCUCCUCUCAUUCAAAUGUAUUUAACUGUUCGGUAAACUAAGUGCAGAAGAAGCAUUCUUUGCACAAACAAUUGUC